UGGUGGGGGCCAAUGCGUGGAUAAUUAUGGUGCUGAUAUUUUUCCCUAAAAAAAAAAGAUGUCAGCCUCUGGCUGUAGUAUUCCUCUUUAAAAAGCCUCUCUGAAAAUGUCAUGUCCCAGCAAUGUGACUCCUAACUCGUUUUUGAUGGACUCCUUGGCCGGUAGCUGCAGAGGAGAGAAUUAUUCCUCCAACCAAGGGAUGUAUAUGCAGUCUGGGAACGAUUUCAGCUGUGGGGUGAUGAGAAACUGUGGGAUUGUCCCUUCUCUCACCAAAAGGGAUGAGGUGAACAACCCCAGCCUGUCUCUCAACACCUACCCAUCCUACCUAUCUCAACUGGACAAUUGGUGUGAGCCCAAAAAUACCUACAGGAUUGAGCAACCUGUUGCAAGGCAGCUGUCUGCAUGCUCCUUCCCAACAAAUGUCAAGGAGGAAAAUGUGUGCUGCAUGUACAGUGCUGACAAAAGGGCUAAAAAUGCCACAGAGACUGCUCUCUAUCCAAACCAGAUGCCUGAGACUCGCCCAAGUGACCAUGAAGUUCCUGUGCCCAGCUACUACAGAGCUAGCCAAGGUUACCCCAUGGAGAAAAGCCACAACCCAGGCGAGUUUGAGACAAGUUUUGAGAACAGGACGAAUCUGAACCCAAGAAAUGAGAUUCUGGAUCAGCAGCAGCAGCAGCAACAUCAGACAGGGGCCAAGGUGGGGUUCCCUGAAAACACAAAGACAGACAACCAGAACCUGGCUACCAACCUGAGUACCAACUCCAGUACUGCUGGGGCCAGCGAGAUCAAGACAGAGAAGAGCCAGAUUGCUGCUCCCAAAUUACCAGCAUCAGAGGGGGACAAGGAACUGGGGAAAAAUACUGAUAGCAGCACUGACAACUCUGACAACGAAGCAAAAGAGGAUAUAAAGGCAGAAAACGCUACAGGAAAUUGGCUGACUGCUAAGAGCGGAAGAAAGAAGAGAUGUCCUUACACUAAGCAUCAGACCUUGGAAUUGGAGAAGGAGUUCUUGUUUAAUAUGUACUUGACCCGCGAGCGCCGCCUAGAGAUUAGUAAGAGUAUCAACUUAACAGACAGACAAGUGAAAAUCUGGUUUCAAAACCGCAGGAUGAAACUGAAGAAAAUGAACAGGGAGAACCGAAUUCGAGAACUGACAUCCAAUUUUAAUUUUACUUGAGGUCCUUAACA